AUGGCGGACGCAUCGUCAUCAUSCAACAAAAAGCUUCUUCAUGAAUAUAUUGCUGAUUACUUUUAUUCAGCCUAUUUAGCCUUGAGAAGAAAUGCAUUUACUAAAMCAGAAUAUAAAGCAGCAAUCUACUGGCUCAUCGUCGUUGUGGGAUCCUUUAUUCAACAAUUUUUCCCRUUGCCAAAGUCGUACCUCUCCUACCGCAAAAACGUGUUCAAUAUUUAUUUUGUGAAAAUUGGUUGGGGAUGGACAUGGUCACUGCUUAGCCUUUUGUCAGUUAUGUGUACGUUAAUCAUAACUUCAGGCAACGUUGUAAAAAUGAUGCGUCAUUAUGGUCGGCUGUUGGUGGCAACAAUGGCUUGGUUUUGUUGGGUCAGAUUGUUUGAAUAUAUUGAACACCUUACGGGUACAUGUAGCGGAGAACCCUUACAUAAUUCCAAACUAGUAUGUCACAGGAAUGGGUUCUUUUGGCAAGGAUUUGAUAUAUCAGGACAUGCGUUUCUCCUCAUACAUUGUUCUCUGACAAUAAGUGAAGAGAUCCAGGUUGUAAAAUACUUAGAAAAUAAAAUUAAAGAAAGCUACAGCCAAAGUCCAUCUGGUUUUAAGGCACAGUACUGGUAUAAACUACUCUGGCCCUUUAUUCAUGUAACUUUCCUUUGCACAGCCCUAUUGGUUAUCCUUUGGGAGUUCAUGCUGGUCGUAACUUCUCUAUAUUUCCAUACAGUCCAACAGAAAUURCUAGGUGCCAUCUUUGCCAUUGUAAGUUGGUGGGGUACRUACAAGUAYUGGUAUCAGCAAGAUGAAGGGCUKUUUUUACAAAAUCUAAAACAAUGAUAUUUAUACCCUUAUAAUCUUUAGGAAUAAUCUUCAUACUGUAUUUUAGACUGGCUUUUGAAAGGAAAGGCAGAAUGAAUUUUAAAACAAAUUGUAAUAACAUYUAUUUUUCUUUGUACAUCAAAAAUGUGAUAUUACAGUAAUCAAUACUAUUGUAUGAAAGUUCAUAAUGGUUCAUUCAUAUGAGGAAAUAAA